UGUGUGGUGGUAUGAUUCAGGCAUAAUUAAGUGGCUGCAUCUGCGCAGAGUUCUAAGCAAAUAGCUGUUCCAACUGAUAAUCCAGUCAGUAGGGAACUGCAGGGGUUCACCACUGAUUGAGCAUAGACUGAAGGGAAGCUGUUCGAUGCUGGUUUGGCCUCCACUAUGGCAAAAAUCAUUUUGAGGCACCUUAUAGAGACUCCAGUGCGUUAUGAAGAGGAGUUUGAAGCUCGAGGUUUGGAAGCCUGCAGACUGGAUCAUGCUUUAUAUGCACUGCCUGGGCCAAGCACUGUGGACCUGGGGAAAGCAAGGGCACCUGGGGCUCCCACACUGGACUCAGCAGCAGAGGUGCCACCCCGGGAAGGGGAAGCCCGCUUCCAGAUCCUGCUGGAUGUGGUCCAGUUCCUCCCUGAAGACAUCAUCAUUCAGACCUUUGAAGGCUGGCUGCUGAUUAAGGCUCAACAUGGAACCAGAAUGGACGAGCAUGGUUUUAUCUCAAGAAGCUUCACCCGACAAUAUAAACUGCCAGAUGGCAUUGAAACCAAAGAUUUGUCUGCGACUCUCUGUCACGAUGGCAUUCUGGUGGUAGAAGUAAAGGAUCCAGCUGGGACUGAAUCGGUUCCUGUUCAUUCACCAUGAGGAAGAUUACAGUUCAGCCAGUGGUACCAGGGAAUGAGCCAGAUGAAGAGUGGGUUGGUCAUUCCUUCACUUCCCCUGUGAGAGAGGAUUCCUGCAUUCAAGCACACACUAUAUCUAUGUGAAAAAUAAAUUUAGACCAUUCUGAA